AUGAUACUGUUUGGCAUUGGCAAUCCAGUCAAAUACAAAGGAACUCGACAUAACGUUGGUAAAUAUAUAAUUGAGCAGUUGAGAAGGGAACUUUGUCCCAACAUCGAGUACAAGAAAGGCAAACGUUAUGAGUAUGUUGAAUGUGAUGGUGGUGAUACAAGAAGUGAAAGGUUAGUGCUGUGUAGAAGUGUCGAUACGUUUAUGAACCAUAGUGGAUUAUCAAUCAAGGAGUAUUUGCGAGGACGUCAUGGCGGGGCGGGUAGUCUCCAGAGGAUGGUUGUCGUGCACGACGAGCUGGAGCUGAGCAUUGGCAAGAUCAAGAUGAGGGACGGCGGCAGCAGCAACCGGGGACACAACGGUCUCAAGAGUGUGUACGGUGAGGUUGGGCCCGUGACCAAGCUUGGGAUUGGGAUUGGCCGUCCGUCGCGAUCGGUGAGCGCGGGCAAGGGAGGAGGCGACGACGACGUGGUGGAGUACGUGUUGAGUGAGAUGAGCGAGACGGAGAGACGAAUCAUACGUGAGGAGACGGUGCCACGGGUGUUGAUGCUUUUGAACGACCAGCUGGCCGCACGGAAAUAG